CGAGGAACCAAAAAUGGCGGAGAUGAAUUCUCAGGUCUGACCCAAAUGGCGAAAGAAUCUAAAAACCAACCAAACAUUCACUAAUAUACUGCCUUUAAUUCUCUCUCUCUCUCUCUACCUGUCAGUUCUCUCUUUUUCCUCUGCUGUGAUAUGCCCACUAAUGGUAAUUAUUACCUCACAAACCACUAAUCUACUUGCAGGUCUUCAUUGUUGUUCCGCCUUAUUCCCGCCGUAGAUCAUUCCCUACAACCCAUUUUCUGCAAAGUUCUUACCGACCCAUGUACAGUUCUUCCCUCCUUCUUCUGCCAUUGAUCCAUUUUUGCUGCUUCAUUUGAGCUUUGUUAAUGGAGACGAACAAUAAGUUGCAGAAGAAGAAGAAAUGGUUUAUUCCUUUGGUGUUUUCUUUGCUUCUGACCACUUUGGUCGUUUUCGUUUCCAUUUUCAUUUCACCCCAUUUCUCCUCUUCCCAAUUCAACCGUACCCAUUUGAUGAAAAAUCGGAUUCCCCGUUUUGUUGAAUCGAAGCUCGCGGUUUCGAAAACUUCAUCUGACUCAGUUCCUCGUUUGGCUUACUUGAUCUCGGGCUCCACCGGGGAUGGGAAGAGCUUGAAGAGAGCUCUUAAGGCUCUGUACCACCCGAGGAAUCAUUACGUGGUGCAUUUGGAUUUGGAAGCUCCGGCGGCGGAGCGGCUGGAAUUGGCUGAUUUUGUGAACAAUGAACCACUUUUUAGGAGUGUGGGUAAUGUGAGGAUGAUAUUGCGGGCUAAUUUGGUUACUUAUAGAGGGCCAACGAUGGUUACUAAUACACUUCACGCGGCGGCGAUUCUGUUGAAGGACGGUGGAGAUUGGGACUGGUUUAUUAAUCUCAGCGCUUCUGAUUAUCCUCUGGUCACUCAAGAUGAUCUGCUCCAUACUCUGAUACCCAUUCCAAGAAAUCUGAACUUCAUUGAGCAUACGAGUGACAUUGGAUGGAAGGAGUACCAGAGAGCCAAACCAGUUAUAAUUGAUCCGGGUUUGUAUAGCCUUCAUAAAUCAGAUGUCUAUUGGGUUUCGGAAAAACGGAGCAUCCCAACAGCAUAUAAAUUGUUCACAGGCUCUGCAUGGAUGAUGCUCUCUCGCCCUUUCGUGGAAUACUGUUUGUGGGGAUGGGACAAUCUCCCAAGAGUAGCCCUCAUGUAUUAUGCCAACUUUCUCUCAUCCCCUGAAGGCUAUUUUCACACUGUCAUUUGCAACGCCGAUGAGUUUCGCAACACCACGGUCAACCACGACCUUCAUUUCAUCUCAUGGGACAAUCCCCCGAAGCAACAUCCCCACUUUCUCAACCUUGACGACUUCCAGCAUAUGGUGGAUAGCAAUGCACCCUUCGGGCGAAAGUUUGGUCACGGUGACCCAGUCCUUGACAAAAUUGACUCUGACUUGCUGAGAUGCAAUUCUGAUGGAUAUUUUCCUGGCGACUGGUUCAAUUUGUUUCAAAAUAGCAGUACUUCAAGUAUACACGACAUAACAAACACUACCAAUUUGAGGCCAGGACCCAGUGCCAAAAGGCUUAAGCAUCUGAUUGAUGGUUUGUUAACAGCACCUGAUUUUCACACUUCACAUUGCGUGUAGCACAGGUAAGCUCUGAGAUGCGUGCCGGGACGGGCAGGAGAGUGUACAGUUAACUGUUAGCAAAGCUGCUGUAGGGAAGGAAAAGUCUCACUGCCUUUCAGGACAACAUGCUUUGGCUUAGAUUCUUAUGUAGAGGUAUAAUAAUUUUGUAGUUCAAUAGCAGCAGCAGAAUAGCUGCUUCUCUUCAAAUAAAACUAUAAAAUUAGUUUCUAUGAUUAAACAUAUAGAGAUGUCAUUGAAUUAGGUCUUGAUGAAUGCAAUGUUCUUUGCAAUUGGCUGAGUGAUUAGUUUUCUUUUACAUGUUCCAUUGAGAAAGUUAGAGCUGGUUUAAAUAGGUGGAACCUUAAAAAUAAUUAAGGAGAACGAUCCAGAUGAGUCUAUGCAUUAUGAUUAGCUCAAAACAAGCCUCAUGUAAGGCCACUAGCAAAAGCAGCCGCCUUUGUAAAUUGGUGAGAUGAAAAACCAAUACAGAAAACCAUUGCCUCUGCUUUUAUUUCACA